AUGACGACCCAAGGCCAUGCAAAGUCGGACCGGGAGCUCGCUGUCAACAUCCAAAAGGCGACCAACUCGGACGAGACAGCUCCCAAACGCAAGCAUGUCCGCAGCUGCAUCGUCUACACAUGGGACAACAAGUCAUCCAUCGCGUUUUGGUCGGGGAUGAAAGUCCAACCGGUCAUGGCCGACGAAGUGCAGACAUUCAAGGCGCUCAUCACGGUACACAAGGUGCUGCAAGAGGGCCACCCAAUCACGCUGAAGGAGGCGAUGGCGAACCGGUCGUGGAUCGAGUCUUUGAGCCGCGGGGCCGAGGGUAUGCGCGGAUACGGGCCUCUGAUCUACGAGUACGUGCGGUACCUCCUGGCAAAGCUCGCCUUCCACCACGAGCACCCCAACUUCAACGGGACAUUUGAAUACGAGGAGUACCUCUCUCUGAAGCUGAUUAACGAUCCGAACGAGGGCUACGAGGUCAUCUCGGAUCUCAUGUCUCUACAAGACAAGAUCGACACGUUCCAGAAGCUCAUCUUUGCCCACCUGCGGGCGACAGGCAAUGAAUGCCGCAUCUCGGCACUGGUGCCGCUUGUGCAAGAAAGCUAUGGGCUGUACAAGUUUGUGACAAGCAUGCUUCGGGCGAUGCAUCAGACGACGGGAGAUGACGAGGCUCUUCAGCCGCUGCGCGAACGCUACGACGCCGAACAUUACCGUCUCGUCAAGUUUUACUACGAAUGCUCGAACCUCCGGUACCUGACGUCGCUGAUCACGAUUCCGAAGCUUCCGGCCGACCCGCCGAACCUGCUGGCAGACGAGGGCAGUGCACCGGCGCUUCCGGCGCGACCAAAGCAAGAGAUCGAGCGGGCACCGUCGCCGGCGCAGGCACCAAAGUCAGACGAGCCGGAUGACAUGUCAGAGUUUUGGAAGACGGAGCUGGAACGGCAGAACCAGGAGUUCGCAGACCAGCAGCGGGUGCUGGAGGAGAGGGCAGCGCAGCAGGCGCUGAUGCAACAGCAGGCGGCGAUGCGGGCACAACAAGAGUUUGAGCAGCAGCAGCGCGACCUGGCGGCACAACAGCGGCGCGAGCAGGAGGCGCUGGCGGCACAACAAGCACAGUGGCAGACGCAGGGCCAGCUGGCGGACUUGCAGCGUGAGAACCUAAACGCGCGGGCACAGUACGAGCAAGACCAGCUGCUGUUGCAGCAGUACGACGCGCGGGUCAAGGCGCUGGAGAACGAGCUGCAGCAGCAGCAGGUGAAUGCGGGGCGGCAGCAUGGAGCCAAGGACGACCAGAUUAAGGCGCUGCAGGAGCAGGUGAACACGUGGCGGUCCAAGUACGAGGCACUGGCGAAGCUGUACGCACAGCUGCGGCACGAGCACCUGGACCUGCUGCAGAAAUUCAAGCAGGUGCAGCUAAAGGCGGCGUCGGCGCAGGAGGCGGUGGACCGGCGUGAGAAGCUGGAGCGGGAGCUGAAGACGAAGAACCUGGAGCUGGCCGACAUGAUCCGCGAGCGCGACCGGGCGCUGCACGACCGCGACCGGGUCAAGGGCUCGAGCAAGGACGACACAGAGCGGCUGAAGCGGGAGCUGCGGAUGGCACAGGACCGGGCGGACAACCUGGAAAAGGCCAAGGGCAACGAGCUGUCGACGAUGGUGUCCAAGUACCACCGCGAGCUGGCCGACCUGGAGGAGGCAUUGCGGCUGAAGACGCAGGCACUGGAAGAGGCGCGAGGCCAGGCUCGCAACGGGUCGUCGGACCUGGAGCGGGAGCUGCGAGACAAGGAAGACGAGCUGGCCGUGUACAAGGCGGGCAUGGACCAGGCGCUGGAGGAGCUGGAGGUGCUGAAGGAGGGCCAGUCAGCGGACGUGGAGAUCGACUCGCUGGUAGUCGGCAAGCUGGACGAUCUGGUGGACGCCGUGUUGGACGCAGCAGCAACGCGGGUGGACGACUCGCUGUACGAGCUCGACUCGACGCUGCACGCAGGCAACCCGUCGGCAAUGCCGCCGUAUCUGCUGUCGCAGGUGGAAAAGGCGUCGUCAGCAGCGAUGGAAUGCGCCACGUCGUUCAACAACUACAUUGCAGACGGGGCGAACACGGCGCCGACAGCACUGGCAGAACUGCCGAAGAACAUCUCGACGUUGGCGAGCGCGGUGGCCGACAUUGUGCCGAGCGUGAAGGGGAUCGCGCGAAGGACAGCAGACGACGACAAGCUGGUGAACGCAGCACGGUUCUCGGCACAGGCGACGGCACGAUUCUUCCGCAACCUGCAGAGCUGGCGGCUGGACGGACUGGACGCGCUGCAGAAGACGGACGUUGUGAUCAACGGCAACAACGAUGUGCAGCUGGCGCUGCAGUCGCUGAACAAGCUGGUGGACGUGCUGCCACGGGGCUUUACACUGGGCAAGAGCGGCGACCCGGGCGAGAUUGUGGAGCAGGAGCUGGCCAAGGCGAUGAAGGCGGUGGAGGCAGCGGCGGCACGACUGGUGGCUCUGCGAAACAAGCCGCGGGACCCGUUUGCGGCAUACGAGGUCAAGGUGCACGAGGCGAUCCUGGACGCGGCAGCGGCAGUGACAUCGGCGGUGGCGGAGUUGGUGCGGGCAGCGACGGCGGCGCAGAACGACAUUGUACAGGCAGGCAGGGGAGCAUCGUCGCGGACGGCGUUUUACAAGAAGAACAAUCGGUGGACAGAAGGGCUGAUCUCGGCGGCCAAGGCAGUGGCGGCAGCGACGAACACGCUGAUCGAGACGGCGGACGGUGUGCUGUCGGGACGCAACAGCCCGGAGCAGCUGAUUGUGGCGUCCAACGAUGUGGCAGCGAGCACGGCGCAGCUGGUGGCAGCGAGCCGCGUGCGGGCGGUCGGCGGAAUCGCCAGCCGAACGCAGGAGGGUCUGGAGACGGCCAGCAAGGCGGUUGGGGCGGCGUGCCGGGCGCUCGUGCGGCAGGUGCAGGCGCUGCUGCGGCCGUCGGCCGAGGACGCGGUCGACUACUCCAAGCUGGGGGCGCACGAGUUCAAGGUGCGCGAGAUGGAGCAGCAGGUGGAGAUCUUGCAGCUGGAAAACGCACUGUCGGCAGCGCGCAGCCGGCUGGGCGAGAUGCGCAAGAUCUCGUACCAGGAAGAGUGA